AUGGCACCUGCCAUGAGCCUUCAAGACUUUUUGUCCGAGAAGCCAUUGCCAGGCAUUCCGUCCCCGACCUUGACCAAUCCCGAGAUGGUUUUACCGGCUGACCUCGAGGUCCCUUCUCCGCCAUCGUCCGGGAAUACGAUCGAAGGUCCACCCAGUCCAAGCUAUCUGCGCCGGCCUGACCAGCAGAAUGCGCAAACCACACCGGCGCGAAAGAAGGAGAAGAGGGGCCUGAUGAGUAGGAAGAUGUUACUGCUGAGGAGUCGCACGAGCAGCAGUACGAAUAUGUCGCAACAGCAGGCGCAAUCGCAAAUCCCACGCAGCGUCCCUUCGCCGUCCAGCUAUGCCUCCGACUACCAUCCCGCUUUUGGCUCCUCCCCAAUCCUCAUGGACGUCGGUAAUUUGGCCCCAGAGCAAACUCCUGAAGAACCGCGCUUGAGCCUGAGCAGGUCCUCUUUCAACAGCGAAGACAUGGCUGGCAUACCUAGCUUCCUCGCAAAGUACGAGCUCCCGGACGGCGUGACGACGGACGAUGAGAUGUACGAUAGUGAGAGUCCGGCACCGCAGAAGUAUGGAUAUAGUGUCAGCAUUGAGGGAGGACUGGAUGCGCAAAGACGGCAGCAGGAAGAGGAUGAGCACAACUCGGCAAUACUGAGCAGAAGGGCUGAGCAGAUCCUGGCCAAUGCCAAGAAGAGGCUGAAUCUCAUGGAAGGCAAUCUUCGUGGUGCUCGCGAUCUUGUCGCACCUUUGACCGCAGCAAAUUUGAAGCGAGCAACCUCUUUAGGAUCAGCACAUCAUGCGACUGGCAUUGAGAGAACUCGCUAUGCACCGGGUGGCAAUCUGUACAAUCCUUCAAGUCCGCAGCAGCCACUUCGGAGACUACACGCUCAAGCUAGCUCACCGACAAUGGGUCGAGAAUAUCAUGGUCAUGCGCGUGGUAUGAGCGAUACAGAGCUCCCGGAACGACCAUACACAGCCCUAGGUAAUGAUAAAGUUGUGACAAGAAGCGGCAGAAUACCAAUUCGGACCAGCGAAGGAUCGUGGACGCCCAGUCUUCGCAAUAGCAGAAGUUACGACUCUCUUGGAAGCAGUGGUAUUCGUCAUACCGGACGAGACAGCCCCUUGCAUGCCAGAGCUUCUCCUGAUCCGAAUCUCGGCGUUCUGGUGGAAGACGAUGGCUCGCAUCAGUCGCCUUCGGUGCGAAAUAGCAUCCCUCCUGACAGUCAGCAGCAGGAUGGGUUGGGUAUCCUACGACCAGCUUCCCGGACCGAGGACUUGCGAGAGCAGAUGAGUAGUCUGAAAGGCAAGAUCUCCACUCUGAAGGAACGAGCGCGGGAGGAUAGUCUCAGGAGGCAGAGCAUGCAAAGUUUGCGUAAUGCUUCGCCGUUCAAUAACGCUGUGGCGAGCCCACCUGAGUUCUUCUAUACGCAAUCGCAGACUUAUGGGAAUCCGGUUCGAGACACGAAUGCUGGUGUUGGUCAGGUCUCGGCGAACAAUAGUCCUGUUAGGUCGAAUUCGUUGAAGAAAGUUUGGGAUGCCAUGGGUGCUUUCACGGGGAGUAGGAAUGCUUUUGCGCAGCGAGCUUCUGUGGCGGAGCCAGCACGGGACCAUGCCAUCGCACCUGACGAGCAUGAUCAGGCAACAGGACAGGACGAUGGCAUGCCUGAAACUUAUGGAAACCGCCAUAAGCGUACGACAAGCGGUACGGCUAUAGUGCAGGCUGCGACGAAUCGGUACUCGCACCACCAACAGAGAGAUGCACACGACUCGCCGGUAGACCCUGGGCUAUAUGUUUAUGCUCAAGCUUCACCUGGAGCAAAGGACGAAAGCUCAUAUCUACUACAAGAACAGUCCGACUCGUAUGUCGCGAACGGUGACACACAAGACAGGGGAGAAUCCGAGAGUGUAUAUGAAGACGCGGAAAUUGAGCUGUCGGCAGCAGUGGCCCACGAAGACCGAGACGAUGCAUUUGAUUACGAGCACUUUUUCCUCCAUAGUGCAAUGGGCAGCUACCGCAACGGCCGUCGCAGCUCGACUUCAGAUGAGAGUGAGGCUUCAUCCACUGAGACCGCGAGGGCUCCUCCAGCCGGACAGGACGAGGACGACGAAUUCAACCCGGAAUCUGGCCUCUACCCGCCACCAACGCCGGAGACGCCUGAGAGACUGAGGGCGAUCGAGCGGAGCUUGCAUCAGCGUUCCCUGUCAAAUGACAGUAUAAGUACUGUCGCAACCUUCGCCACUGCAGACGAAGGCAACGAUGACGGCCGCAUAAGCAAAUUGGCAUGGCCCGAACCACCAGGUACACGCUCCAACUCCCAGCCGAACUCCCGUCCCAGCACUGCGAUCAAGCGACCCGAUAGACCAGCCGCAGACACCCUUUCCGAACGAGCCGAUUCGGGAAUCGGUCUUCCCAAUCGUUCGAACAGCGAGCGGGCGAAAAAGAUGAGCCGCAACAUUGUCACAAGUCCGCCCAUGUCGCCUAUGGCAUUCGUGCAAGAUCCUGCUACCACUGCUGUCCAAGCGCUCCUCAGUCCGGAAGGAAGAGGGUUAGGCUUGAAGGAUAAGGCUGUGCUGUUUGGUGUGGUCGAGAGCUUGCGCGCGGUCGUGCACAAGCUGCAAAGUGGGCAGGAGGGAGGGCAUGAGAGCGAAGUGCUGAGAAGGAGGCUGGACCAAGCUAAGAGGAUUCUGGAUGGUGCUUUUGGGUAG